AUGGCGGACUCCACCAUCACUGUGGAUGAUAUCGAGGGGGAGCUCGUUAAGAUUGAGAGGAUCAGGGACGUCCUGGUCAGGAGGGAGUCAGAACUCAGAUAUAUGAUGGAUGACAUUCAGCUGUGCAAGGAGAUCACACGUUUGAAGAAGGAGCUGCACAAGUUAGUUUCCAUACCAGAUAAUGACAAGUCCAACGAAGACCGGCAGAAGGAAGAAGAACUGCUGCAGCAGAUCCACAAGCUGGUCGAGACCCGAGAUUUCCUGGUGGAUGAUGUGGAGUUCGAACGACUCAGAGAAUGUGAUGGUGUACCGACCAGACGGUCUCAGCAGACCUCUUCCCCCUUCACCAAGACAGGCCUCACCCUGCUGAAGGAGUGCUGUGGCUUCACAUGCUCCAUUAUGUAG